GGACCACGGACGGAACGGCUGACGUUGUGUUUGUGUUUUGUUGCUGUGCCUUGCCUGCUGGCAGAGAGAAUCUGUACCAGAGCGACCAAGAUUAGGCCCUGCUGGAAGUAAAAGCAAACUUCACUUCGUCGCGGCAGCACACGCAAAUCGAUUGACGUCGGACGGGUGUCAAAAAUUUUCCAUCCAGCUGGUGGAAAUCGAGUAUUUCGAGUGGCAAAGUGGUGGUGGGGGGAGCAAUUUUCCAUAUUUAUCCCCGUGGAAGAUUGUCCGUACGUGGGUAGUUUUCUCCAGUUUUGCCUCCUGGGGGGCUAAUCGAGUCUAGGGGUUUUAGAAUUGUGGAUUAGAUUCAUGGUGAAAAGUGCUUUGUGAGUGAUUCAUUUGCUAGUGUUUUUCGAAAUCGAAAUCUCGUUCCGUGGAACGAGUUAACCACAUCUGAAAGGGGUUUAGGGCACUUAGUGCUCUUGCUUGAUAAUGGUGCUCCGGAAGCUGCUGCUAAUCGUGGUGAUUGCUCUACUACAGAGUUGCUUUACCACCCAUGGGUAUACCCUGCAGAAAAGUGGUGGUCCUCCUGCUGGGACCGUAAUCGAAGAUGAAUCGUUCCUGCAGAAUCCACACUACGAGACCAACAACGAGCUGCAGGACCUGUUGGCUCGGAUGCAGAAGAACCACCCCAAUCUGGUGAGGGUUCACGCAAUCGGUUCCUCGCUGGAGGGGCGACCUCUGCUGGCAGUGGAAAUCCGAGCCAAUGCCGAUCAUCCAAGACCUGCCCUGGUUCCGAUGUUCAAGUAUGUGGCCAAUAUGCACGGUGACGAAACAAUCGGCCGGGAGCUGCUCGUCUAUCUGGCCCAGUAUCUGGUCAACAACUAUGGCCGCGAUCCGGAGAUCACAGCGCUGGUCAACAGCACCGAUAUCUUCCUGAUGCCCACCAUGAACCCGGACGGAUUCGAGCGUUCCAAGGAAGGCUACUGCGAAUCCCUGCCCGGGUACGUGGGACGCUACAAUGCGGCCCAAAUCGAUCUGAACCGCGACUUCCCGGACCGGUUCGACGACGACAGGAAGCGGAUGAUGCGUCGCAACAGGCAGCAACCGGAAACCGUGGCCGUCAUGAACUGGAUCCUGAGCAAUCCGUUCGUGCUGUCCGCAAACCUCCAUGGGGGUGCCGUGGUGGCCAGCUAUCCGUAUGAUAAUUCAAUUUAUCAUCACGAAUGCUGCGAGGAUAGUCCCACGCCGGACAAUCAUUUCUUCAAAUAUGCUGCCCUGGUUUAUGCUGAGAAUCAUCCGGUGAUGCGUAACGGGCACGAUUGUAACGAAACAUUCCAGAAUGGGAUCACCAACGGGGCCUAUUGGUACGAGCUGAAUGGGGGCAUGCAGGAUUUCAACUACGUCUUUAGCAACUGUUUCGAGAUUACGUUGGAGCUGAGCUGCUGCAAAUAUCCGAGGGCCUCGGAGCUGCCUAAGGAGUGGCACAAGAACAAGCGGUCGCUCAUUGAGUACAUUAAGUUGGCACAUGUUGGUGUUAAGGGUUUGGUAACGGACACAAAUGGCCUACCGAUCAAGGACGCCGACAUCAUCGUCGACGGUAUCAACCAGAACAUCCGUACCACCCCACUUGGCGAGUACUGGCGCCUGUUGGUUCCAGGAAACUACAAAAUCCGUGUCGAAGCUGUUGGAUACUACCCGAGCAACGAAGUCCCAAUCACGAUCACAGCCGAACAGACGCUCCUGGUGAACUUCAGCCUCAAAUCGUACGACAUCGAUGAAGUUUCAGAUAAGACCAAACAUCCGAGGGUCGUACGGCAGCAACCGGAUCAGUAUGGAUUCCUGAUUCCACCCAAGUUCGAGCACCAUAACUACACUGCCAUGACGAGCUUUAUCCACGACCUUAACGGCCAGUAUCCCUCGAUAACGAAGCUAUACUCGAUCGGCAAAACCGUUCAACAGCGAGACCUCUGGGUUAUGGAAAUCACCCGGGACCCCGGUCGACACAUUGCCGGCAAACCGGAAGUCAAAUACAUCGCCAACAUGCACGGAAACGAGGUUGUAGGCCGGGAGAUGUUACUGCUGUUUGCUAAAUAUCUGUGCGAAAACUACAACCGAAAUGGAUCGGAACGGGUUAGUAAGUUGGUAAAUAACACCCGGUUACAUUUGCUGUUCUCGAUGAACCCGGAUGGAUAUGAGAUUUCCGAAAUCGAAGAUAAGGACAACUUGAAGGGACGAGCGAAUGCCAACAACGUCGAUUUGAACCGGAACUUCCCGGAUCAGUUCGGUCGCAAUAAGUACAAUGAGAAGCAGGAGGUCGAGACCUUGGCGGUCAUGAACUGGUCCCAGUCGAUUCCGUUUGUGCUGUCGGCCAACUUGCAUGGAGGGGCACUAGUUGCAAACUACCCGUACGAUGAUUCGCCGAAGGAUUUCGCCUAUAUGAACGAUAACCCGAGGACGGUCUAUAACCCUACAGAGGAAAACGAAAUGUUCAAGUAUCUGGCGCAUACGUAUUCCGACGCUCACACAACAAUGCACUUCGGUAAACCUUGUCCGAGCUAUCUGAAGGAAUCGUUUAAGGACGGGAUCACCAAUGGAGCUGCGUGGUAUUCAGUUACCGGUGGAAUGCAGGAUUGGUCCUACAUUGUCGGAGGAGCGUACGAACUUACGCUGGAAGUCGGAUGUACGAAAUUCCCCAAAGCCGAUGAACUACCAAGCUUCUGGUUGCAGAACCGUGAAGCACUUCUUCGAUACGUUGAACAAGCUCAACAUGGAAUUACCGGAAUGGUACAGAGCACCAUAGGUCAUGCAAUUCCUCAUGCCACGAUACAGGUCAACAAUAUUCAGCACGUUACUUAUACCACGAAAAAUGGGGACUAUUACCGGAUGCUACUUCCGGGACUGUACAACAUUACUGCUGAGGCCGAUGGCUAUGAACCACACACAACGGAGGUCCUUAUUCCUCCGGAAGCUACCAAAGCGGUGGUUGUCGACUUCCAGCUGAUGAGAGACGAUCCUCAGCACUGGUCCUCGGCCUACGAUUACCGCACCCUUGAAAACGUGGUCCGAACUCGCUACCACACCGAUGUGGAGAUCCGCAAAAAUAUGGGCGAAUUCGAGAACAAACACUACAAAACGGCCUCGGUUGAAUUCGGAGACAACGAGGUCUCGAUGAUGUACCCCUCGGUCAAGAUUACCCACGAAAUCGGUAACCCUGAGGAAACGAAGCUGCACGUUCUGGUGCUAUCGUCGCUGUUCCAAAGUACCAUGAUCGGGCGUGAGUUGGUUAUGAACCUAGCCCGACACGUUCUGGCUGGUUACCAAAUUCCGGAACCGGAAAUACUGAAGCUGUUGCAGAAUGUGGUGCUACACUUCGUGCCGAUCAAGAUCGAUUCGGAACUGCUGUUGGAGCAGUUCCAAUCGAAUAGGAGCGUCUGUGAUCCAACGGUGAAGGAAGAACUGGCCGAUAAGUUGCUGAGUGCGGAAACCGACAAACAGAAGGAUAUGCUGCUGCGAAUGCUGCAGGAGGAGGAAUACGAUCUGGCGUUGAACUUUGCUGCCGGUGGAAAUGAUGUGUUCUACCCCAACACCGACGACAAGGUGGCCAUCUACCCGCGAUUCGCGGAGAAGAUCAAGGGUCACAAAUACACCGUGAUCAGCAACGAGCAAUGUCCGUCGACCGCAAGCCGGUUGAACCAAGCCGACGCCAUCCAGAGGGUAACCAAUCAGCUACAUAGCCUGUACAAGGUUCCACUGUUCACACUGCAGGUUGGGUGCUGCAAAAUGCCACCGGAAGCGGAGAUCGCCACCGUAUGGCGCCAGAAUCUCGAACGUAUGACCAACUUCUUGCACCUGAUCGAUACCGGAAUCAAGGGAUAUGUGCGAGAUGUCAAUGGCAAUCCUCUGAGGAAGGCAAUUUUGAAGGUCCGGGGCAACAACUUGAUCUACAAGGUGACUCCGAAUUUGGCGCACUUCAGGGUAGUUUUGCCCUCGGGACCGAUGGAGAUCGAGUUCAGUUGCAUGAACUAUACUUCGAGAAUCCAGGCGGUUACCCUGAAUCAAAACCAAAUCCUGGACAUGGGAGACAUCAUUAUGCAGGAGGUCGGACUACCUGUUGGAAGGGGCACGGUGGAACCCCUUCACCCGACUCCUCAGCGGCUGGGACAGGUUCCUACCGGCAAGCCGGAGCAUCACGAUAGUUUUGCGGUUAUGGAACCCAUGGAUCGAAUGAAAAUCUUCCCGCAAGAUGGUGGAGUCGAGAUGCAGGGACGGAUUUCCGGACUGGUGUUGGAUGAGGCCAACCACCCGCUGCCGAAUUCCAAGGUUUUCAUUCAGAACAAGUUGGUCAAUUUGACAACGUACACCGAUCCCAUCGGUAAAUUCCACCUGAGUGGCGUCAACCAGAAAAAUCUGGUUCUGCACGUGGAAGCGUCCGGAUAUUCAUCCGAUGAGAGAACUGUCCACAUUGGACCGCUGAACGAUCUGUCCGGAGUGAUCUUCCACCUGAAACGAGACGAACGGGUGCUCGGAAUUCCGCGGCUGUUGUUCGUCAUCUUGGCCGGUUGUGCAUCUGUUGCCAUAAUUGCCUGCGGCAUCAUGUGCUUCAUGUUCAUUCAGAAGCGGCGACACAAUUCCCGCUACUAUUACAGCUUCUCGAUGCUGCCGCAAAAAGGCGAGGAACAGACAAAGCGACUGUUCGACGAUGACGACGAUGGGGAAACGGAGCUGUUCCGGGCUCCUGUUAAAAAACUUCAACCGUACUACGAUGACGAUCGGGAUCCGGUGACGGAUUCCGAUGACGAUAGCGAAGAGGAAAUCGUCAUGCUAAAUUCAUCAUUUAGGAGCUAGGAUCUGAUUGAGGUGCCUCCGAAAACCGUAGACUAAAGAGAAAGUAAAUAAAUCAAUAGACAGGGAGAUGUGCUGAAGGAUCGGAUUUCUGCACAAAGAGCACGUGGAUCACGAUCGAUCUGAACUUUUUCAAUAGCGCAUAGCACCAAGCUGUUUAAUAGUAACAUUUUUGAACCUUUGUUAAUAAUUGUUCUGCGUUCUGUUACAUUCGACAAAAACGUUCAUUUUCUCAGAAUAAUCAUUCCUAAAAAAUAACAAUCUAUUUUCCAACUUUCGAUCGGUAACUGAUCCAGAAAGACAAACACAAGUAAAAGUAAUGUGAUAAAUAGAAAGUUAACAUGCGGGUACGUAAGCAUGUUUAAGAAACUGACAAAAUGUGCGGCUGAAGAUAGCCGAAAAGGCUGACGAUUUUUUUUAUAAUAAAGAUUUAUAGUUAAAAAAAAAACUUUCGAAAAUAUUUUCACUUCGAAUAAUGACACCAAAAAAGAGGUGAUGUGAAAAAACGUUGAUCUGCACACUGUUAGUAACAAUUAAAUUUACUCAAAUACUGCGACUGCAAAGUCAAAUAAAGUCCGUUACUUGAUGAA